AGACAAUUUAUAUUCUUGCUGCGGAUUCUGCUCCCAAAAGUAUCAAUGGCUGCUAUGGAGAAUCAUAUUGAAAAGAUUCUCUUCACAGAAAAGCAAAUUUCUCAACGAGUUUCCGAACUUGCUUCCCAAAUUACCCUCAAUUUUUCUCCAUCUACCAACAUUGGAGGAGGACCUUUACUUUCUUCUUCUUCUUCAUCGGCUCCGGUUGUUGUCGGUGUUGCUACUGGUGCAUUUCUAUUCCUAGCUGACCUUGUUCGCAAAAUCAACCUUCCCAUUUCUGUUGAUUUUGUUCGGGUCGAAUCUUAUGGGUCGGGUACUGUAUCCAGUGGCAAACCCAAGAUUUCUUGCGACUUGAAAAUUGAUGUUACUGGAAAGCAUGUCAUUUUGGUUGAGGACGUUGUGGAUACAGGAAACACGUUGGCAUGCCUCUUUGAACACUUGAAAUCUAAAGGGGCAUCCUCCAUAUCAGUAUGUACUCUCCUUGAUAAACCAUCAAGGAGGAAGGUUAAUGUCGAACUUGUGGGAGAGGGGAAGUUCUACUGUGGUUUUGAGUGUCCAGAUUAUUUUGUGGUUGGCUAUGGGUUAGAUUUUGCUGAGGUUUAUAGGAACUUACCCUAUGUGGGGAUCUUGAAACCUGAAAUGUACAGUUGAUUGCUUUGGCGCAAAUAAUUAUUCCAUACAAGGAAAGCUCUUGAUUUUCUUGGAUACAAUCAACCUUUAGCUGAUCAAGGCAAUUGAUAGCAUUUUUU